GACUCCGCCCCCUUUCCCACAGACUGUUCGAGCGUUCACCAAUCGCGUUUCGUCGCUGAGUACGUCCUCAUGAAUAAACAUGAAUUUUUAAUAGCGGCUCCAGCAUCUCGGCGCACGGUGGGGUGAUUCAGUUGAGAAAUAUUGACAGAAAAAGCGUGAACCCCCAAAAAAGGACUUUUUGCAGUCAUCAAGGAGACCAUGGCAUACGCCAGGACUCUGUGGACAUCUUUACUGGUGAUUUUACUUCAAAUAUUUCUCAUCUGUUCAGCUCAGAGGGCCUCAGUUGGUCCCAGGGGGCCACCCGGCCCUCCAGGUUUUCCUGGUAUCGAUGGCAUUGAUGGAGAGAGGGGCACAGGCCCUGGUCCGAAUGGUCCUCCCGGCCAAGAUGGAGACGAUGGAAAAAACGGAUCUAAUGGACUACCAGGAAAUCCAGGAGCAGACGGUUUAGCUGGACCUGUUGGAGAUCCUGGACCAGUUGGGUUCAUUGGACCAAAAGGUGAAACCGGUGAUCCUGGACCUAGAGGAAAUACUGGGGUUGGGGAGGAUGGAGAAGCUGGUGCAGAUGGAGAGGAUGGGUUGCCAGGAGAACUGGGCAAAGCUGGACCUCCAGGAAGCCGUGGCUUGAGAGGACCUGUUGGUUUUCCAGGACCUGCAGGACAGAGAGGCCCCCCAGGUGUUUGGAGUGGUGAAGCUUUGUGUCUAAAUUCUUGCACACGUGGACUGUCCGGCUAUAGUGGACAGCCAGGAAUGAAGGGCCACAAAGGUAUCAAAGGUGAAUCUGGAGAACCAGGAAGACAAGGACAUAAGGGUGAAGAAGGAGAACAAGGCCCCUCUGGAGAAACUGGAACACAAGGAAAAAUUGGUCCACAGGGACUAAGAGGGAUCACUGGUUUAAUGGGUUCUAAAGGUGACAGGGGCUCUCGUGGGGUAGAUGGUAAUGUGGGUCCUCAGGGCAUUCAAGGAGCUCCUGGUGAUCGAGGACAAAGAGGAAAAGUGGGUGAGAUUGGACCAAGAGGAGCUCCAGGAUCUCUGGGAUUUCGAGGCAUUUUAGGAUUACCUGGACCUAAAGGAGAAGCUGGUUUGCCUGGAAUUGAGGGUCGUGACGGUAUCCCUGGAUUACCAGCAGUUAAGGGUAUCCCUGGCAAAGUAGGCCCUCCUGGUGAAGCUGGCCUUCAAGGCCUGCCCGGUUUGCCAGGCAUCCCUGGAGCGAAUGGUGAAAGGGGGCCAAAGGGAAACUCUGGUAAUCCAGGCGUGGCAGGUCCAAUUGGGAACAACGGAAAACAAGGUGAACGUGGAGAACAGGGAGAAGUAGGACCUGUAGGAUCAAGAGGUGGGCCAGGUGAAAGAGGGGUGAGGGGUCCAGAUGGGCCUCAGGGACAGCCAGGUCUAAGGGGUCCUAAAGGGAAUCUCGGUCUACCUGGCGUUCCAGGUGAAAGUGGUUUUCAUGGUCAGAAAGGUGACAAGGGUGCAGUUGGUAUUACUGGGCCAAAAGGCGAGCAGGGAGCACCCGGUGAGGAGGGCACACCAGGAGAAAAAGGGGACCUAGGUGAUCAAGGGGAACCUGGAGAGAAAGGUUCGCUGGGAAAAACAGGUGAUGCAGGAAACAAAGGUCCAGAAGGAAUGCGUGGGCAGCAUGGGGUUGAAGGUGAACCAGGUCAGCCCGGACCCAGAGGCAUGCAGGGAGAUCGAGGAGAACGUGGUUUACCUGGAACUCAAGGACGACCAGGUAAAGGACCAACAGAUGAACAAAUCAAGGCGGUCUGCAUGAGGGUUAUGCAAGAGCAGCUCGCUCAGCUUGCAGCAAGCCUGACAAGGCCAGAGUCUGGCAUUGUCGGGUUGCCAGGUCCUCCCGGACUUCCUGGUCCCACUGGCUCACCUGGAGAGAACGGUUUCCCAGGGCACACUGGAGCAAGAGGGUUGCCUGGCCUUAAAGGACCUCCUGGACUUAUUGGAGUAAAAGGACCAAAAGGUGACACAGGAGACAGAGGAGACCGAGGGCCUACCCUACAAGGGCCUAAAGGCAUUCCUGGGCCACCAGGUCUUCCAGGUGAACCCGGGCAGCCUGCAUAUGGCAACAAUGGACGUGAUGGUAUGAAAGGGCCGCGAGGUGUGCCCGGAAUUCCCGGCAUUCCUGGAUCUCCUGGGACUCCGGGUCUGAACGGAUACUGUGAGGCAUCACAGUGUAUCCUCAGCCAAGUACCACCAGAACCUCUCAAAGAGUACAGCAUGAAGGGACCAGACAGCCUUUAAAGUGGCUGCAGAACUGAAGCUCAGAGACUAACAAUAGGGAGACCCUUCGCCAAACAGUUUAUUUUGAAGGAUGUCCAGUGUGGUACUUUUCCUGCAAGUACAGUGUGAUUGCAAUGAGCAUUUUCCUUAAAGAUUUUUAGCCUUGAAAUAUUUGGAAGAGCUUUACAUUUUUUUUUUUAAAAGGUUUAAAUGUAUUCCAUCGUGCAGAAAUGGACUUCCUGUAAAAGUCGUGAAUUAAUACUUUUUUUAAAGAUCAGAAAAAGAAAAACUUACAUAAUACAUCCAGGGCAGAUGUUUUCCUGGCUGAAGUAUACAAUGCACUCCUUUAGUUUUUAAAGAGUAACCAAACAAAUUGUGAAAUGUACUAAAUCUUUAUGUAUAGUCACAUUUAAAAAGGCUAAAUGUUUAUACACAAGUACAUAAUGUAAAUACAGUUUAUCAUUACCUCAAAUUGGCUUGUCACUUUUUCAGAAUUAAAGAAGUAUUCCUAAAUCAGUGUAAAUCAUUUUAAACAUUCACUUUGUUCAAUUCCAUGUAAUUAAGUGUUAAUCUUAUUACCCAAUGACAGUA